AUGAAUCACCUUGGCAGGUACGAUUCUUUGAUUAAUUCACUUCCUACUAGAAAUGUAGAGUUGGUUGUUCCUGACUCUAAAGUUGGUGCCUUUGGAGUCACCGAUACCCAUAGUUCCUUAUCUGACGUGCAAGGAAUGGUCAUGGAAGCCGCUUUGACGUUCAUGUUCUUACUUGUCAUCCAAGGAGUUUGCGAUGCCUACCGAAAAGACUUAAAGGGAUCUGGCCCUUUGGCCAUUGGAUUAGCUGCAGUCGCUUGCCAUUUGACUGGAAUCUACUGGGUUGGUCCUUUGCUUGGAGGAGGUCUCGCUGGGAUUAUCUACAAGAUCUUAUUUAAAGUACGAAAAGACGAAUCAUACGACUUAUAAAUAUAAUACUCAUCAAUAUUUUUAGUUUUUACCUACAUAUUUUUUUGUUAAUUAUAAAUAAUUUUAUUUUAUUUAAAUAUACCUAACAAAACUUU